GCCACCCCGCCCCCCUGGACGUCACAGCCGCGCCCGCGCCGCGGUGACGUAGUCGGAGCGCGCCUCGCCGCUGCGGUUUAAGGAGCGACUUGGCGAAGCCAUGUGCGAGGUGGACGAGGACUACGGGGAGCCCUCGCCCGAGGGCCUGCAGCCUUCACGGCCCGGCCGUGAGCAGAAGUGUGUGAAGUGCAAGGAAGGCCUGCCUGUCGUGGUGAUCCGAGCAGGAGAUGCCUUCUGCAGGGACUGUUUCAAGGCGUUUUACACGCACAAGUUCAGAGCCGUGCUCGGGAAGAACCGGCUGAUCUUCCCAGGAGAGAAGGUGCUGCUGGCGUGGUCUGGGGGGCCUUCGUCCAGCUCCAUGGUCUGGCAGGUCCUCGAGGGCCUGAGUCGAGAUUCUGCCAAGAGACUGCGUUUCGUGCCAGGGGUCAUCUAUGUUGACGAGGGAGCAGCCUGUGGCCAGAGCGCCGCGGACAGAGCGAAAACCCUGGCAGAGGUGAAGCUGGUCCUGCAUGCCCUCGGCUUCCCGUGGCACGUUGUUGCCUUGGAAGAGGUGUUCGGCCUUCCGCCGUCGGUGCUGCGUCACUGUGCCUCGGAGCCGGCGGGGACCGGGGCGGCCUACAAGGUGGCCGUGGACCACUUCCUGCAGCAGCAGUGUGCCCUCGGGGCCGAGAGGGAGGAGCAGCUGAGCCAUCCCUGCCCCAAGGACCCCGAGCCCCCAGCUGCACCUCCCACGGCAACCCAGACCGAGGCUUUGUGCAGACUCUUCGACUCGGUGAAGACGCUGACGGCCAGGGAGGAGCUUCUGCAGACGCUGCGGACCCACUUGAUGCUCCAUGUGGCCCGGACCCACGGCUACUCCAAAGUGAUGACGGGCGACAGCUGCACACGCCUGGCCGUCAGGCUCCUGACCAGCCUGGCGCUGGGGAGAGGGGCCUUCCUCGCCUGGGACACGGGCUUCUCGGACGAGCGGCACGGCGACGUGGUGGUGGUGCGGCCCAUGCGUGAGCACACGCUGAAGGAGGUCGCCUUCUACAACCGCCUGUUCGCCGUCCCCUCCGUCUUCACGCCGGCCAUCGACACCAAGGCCCCUGAAAAGGCCAGCGUCCACCGGCUGAUGGAGGCCUUCCUGCUCAGGCUGCAGGCGCGGUUCCCCUCCACCGUCAGCACCGUGUACAGGACCAGCGAGAAGCUGCUCAAGGCCCCCAGGGACGGCUUCGCGGCCGGCCCCCCGGGGCCCCGCUGUCUGCUCUGUAUGUGCGCUCUGGACGUGGACACGGCUGACAGUGCCACAGCUUUUGGGGCACAGACCACCUCACACGUCUCUCCAACACAGCCCCCCGUCCCAGAGGCCGGGGCGGCUGACGGGCCCUGCUGCUGUGCACAGAUGGGCGGGGCCCAGGGCUGCUGCAGGGAAGCCGCCCGGGCCUGCGUCAUCGAGCAGCUGUGCUACGGCUGCCGAGUGAACCUCAAGGACAUGCCUUCCCUGGACCCUCUGCCGCCCUACAUCCUGGCCGAGGCCCAGCUCCGCAGCCAGAGGCCCAGCGCGGAGCAGGAGGCCUGGGCGUCUCUGCUGGGGAGCGAUGAGGAGGCCCAGGUGGGCGAGAGCUGAGCCCCCAGGAAGGCAAGAACCGGCAGUGGGCAGGGUCUCCCGUGUGUAUAAAUAAAACAUUUAAUUAGAAAACGCUACAGUACGUGUGGGGAGGCGAGCAGACCCGCGCCGGGCGGGGUGUCCCCGCGGCGUCCUUCCUCCCGCAGCAGCCUCGGGCCGCGGCCCUACUCCUUCUCCCGCGUCCACUGGAUCAUGGUCUCGGGCGAGCGGUACAGGAAGAUGAGCUUGGCGUACAGCUCCUCCUCCAGCUCCAGCUCCCGCGUCUCCCGCACCAGGAAGAUGUCCUGGCAGAGCUUGAGGAUGCGGUCCACGCACGGCAGCUCCUCAAACAUGAUGGAGUGCGAGAUCUCGCUGAAGAAGCCGCGCACGAACUUGCCGAUGACCAGCACGAUGGACACGUAGAGCCCCAUGAUGCUGCGGGCGGGGCGGCGGGUCACGGCCGGUGCCCCCCUCCCCCCGCUGCCGCCGCCGCCCCACUGCCCGCCCGCCCGCCCGUGCACCUGCGCGGCACUCACCCGUAGCCGGCCAGGAAGCCCAGGCUGGGCGGGCUGACCUUGUCGCUGAAGAUGACCAUGGGCAGCAGGUUGCAGCGGGCCUGGCAGUCCUGCAGCUCGAUGACCCACCACUCGAGGAAGCCAGCUGCCCCUGAGCCCACACGCUCCCUGCGCAGCUGGAUACGCACCCCGAGGUAGUCGGCCUCCUCAUCUGCGGGCAGCACGAGGGGUCAGGGCCAGCGCGGGGCGGGGGGGCCAGCUCCCCGCCCCCGCCCCCGCCCCACUCACUGGGUUGCAGUUGCUUCACGGGGUUGGCUUCAGGUCCGUUGGGGGCGCGGAUGUACUUGGGGAAGAGGCGAGGAAUGACCCUACGGGAGGCCAGGCGGGUCGGGUCGGGCCGGGCCCAGGGCGCCGGUGCCCCUGGCCCCCCCAGCCCCGCCCCCACUCACACUGACUGGUCCGAGGUGCCCUCCAGCAGGCUGGCCAGCUGCCGCCGCUCAGUGCUGUUGGGCGCCAGGUCCAGGGUGUGCUUCUCGUUGGUGUACUCCACGGUGCCGCCCUUGGCCAGGUCCCUGCCGGAGGGGUGCGCGUGGUGAGACCCCUGGCGGCGCGUCCGCGUGCCCCCGGCCCCCGGCCCGGCCCCCACCUCUGGAAGUUCCAGGUGAAGCGCAGGGUGAUGUCGGCGGUGCCGUUGUACAGCUCCCGCUUCAUCUGGGCCCGGCUCGGGGGGCUGAUGCGCCACAGCGCCCCGGAGCUGCCCUCGAUCUGCGCCGUGACGAUGUCCUCGGGGCUGUACUGGCUGAUGAACUGCAUGGCCAGCUGGGCGGGCGCAGGCGGCACGCACGUCAGCGGGGUGCGCCCUCCCCCCCCCCGCCCCAGGCAGGUGCCUGUGGGGCCGCUCACCGGGUGGGGGUCAAACUGCCUGGACAGCUCCUCGUAGGCCUGCUGCGUGAAGGGCACGAUGGACGGCUGCUGGGCGCUCAUGGUGAAGAGCGGCUGGCGGAGGGGACCCGGUGAGACGCCCCGCCUGGUCCGAGAGGGCGCCCGCCCCCCCGCCUCCCUGGUGGGGCUGCUCACCUCGUAGCCGCCCAGCUUGAGGGUGACGGUGACGUCGAUGGGCUGGUUGACGACGCCGACCACGGAGCGCACGAGGGACAUGAAGAGCAGCGGGAACCAGAUGACGGCCACCAGCAGCAGGAGGAUGAGGCCGCCCAUGCCGUACUUGACGAUCUUCUUCUUCUUCUGCCCCUUGGGCUGCGGGUAGUUCUGGGGGCAGGGGCACAGGUCACCUGCCAGGCAGGGUCCCCCCACUCCUCCCCUGUGGGCCAAGGAGUCAGCCGGGGGCUGAAUGUGGAAACUGAAGCUCUGGCCGUGGGGACAGACGGCUGUGGCCUAGAACCCAGGGACAAGCCCUCGCCCAGCCGUGGCGAGAGCAGGGCAAGGGCAGCUGGACGCAUCUGCCCGAGAGGGACGUGGCACCUUACCUUUGACUAAAGGUGACUCGCAUCUACCUGAUAAACCCGUGAUGCCCAGAAUACCGAGCCACCCACGUGAAGACCGGACCCACACGUGACCCAGAAGCAGGGAAACACGCCUGAUGUCUUGAGUCACCAGGAAGCGGAACCAGGAUCCCAGGGAGACCCUGCCUGCCCAGGCAGGGCAGGCACCGCCUCAGGCACUGCCCUGAAGCAGGCAGGAUGGUACUGCCACCUCGGCACCUGCAGGGCUGCACCCUGAGGUGCGCUCAGCAAAGGCGGGACCUGUGGCCACAGCUCUGGACGUGAAUGGCUGUAACAGCGCUUUGGACAAAUAAAAGACUUCUCGCUUGCAACGCUGCUCAGCUGUGACCCAGCCACCACCUUGGGCAGAGCGGGGAGUCAGUCCCGGACGGCCACCUGCUGGUGACUGCCUGGAUGUGGAACUGGCGAACCCGAGUGGACGGUCACUUGGGGGCUGGGGUGGCGACUGAAGGCGCGCAGUAACGGGGCUUCUCUUGGGUCAAGGAGCACGCCCUAGAGUGGACUGCGUCCGUGGCUGUGUGGACAGCACCUAGCGGGUGGGCCUGGAGGGGGAGCUGUAGCAAUAAAGCUGCUGAAAAGAGCAAAA